AUGUCUGACCCCCCCAUGCUGCUGCUGCAGCUUACUUCGUGGAAGUUGGAGAUGCUUGAGCAACAAGAGUUUGAUCAAAACAGUGUAAUGAGUACGCUAGAAGACGUUCCACUGUGCAAGAUCGAACCCGCGCAAGAAGCGGUUCCUCAGUCGUCCGAUGAGGCUGUCAUUUCUACCGGUGUAGAACCGAAGUUGGUCACUUGGCAAUUGGACGAUGCGGACAACCCUCGUAACUGGACAAGAAGGGAAAAGUGGACGAAUCUUGUCAUGGUGUCUCUCAUCUGCUUCAUGUCACCACUGAGCUCGACGAUACUCGCGGCCGCCCUGCCUCGUAUCGGGAGUGACUUGCACCUAACGAGCGAGGUUGAGCUGCAGGCCAUCUUCAGCGUCUUCACCUUGGGCUACAUCGUGGGGCCGGUCUUCUUGUCUCCGCUGUCUGACAUUUACGGGCGGGUGAUCGUGCUGCAACUCUCCAACGUUGUCCAUCUCCUUGCGAACGCUGCCUGCGCGGCAGCCAUGUCAAGCACCACCCUCAUCCUUCUUCGGCUGGUAGCUGGCAUGGGAGGAUCUGCAAGUUUGAUAAUUGGCGGAGGCGUGAUCGGGGAAACGUUCAAACCCGACGAACGCGGGUCCGCCGUUGCAGUCUACUCACUCGCACCCAUCGCCGGACCGACACUUGGCCCUAUUCUAGGCGCGUUCCUCGUUCAGCGAUUCGGGCUGCCGUCCGUGUUCCUCUCAACCUCGAUAGCGUCAGCUGCCUUUGGCGCUAUAGGCUUUUUCGUCUUGCGAGAGACAAAUUCUCGUUGCCUCCUAAGGGACAGGGCAGCACGUCUCCGCAAGGAAACUGGCGAUUCCGCUUUUCAUACGCAGUGGGACGACCAGAAGAUCAGCCGUGUCUUUGUCAUAGCCAUGCGCCGGCCGUUCUACCUACUCUACACUCAGCCCAUGGCUAUGCUUCUCGUCUUCUUCCAAUCCUACCUCUGGGGUCUUUUAUACUUGGCCUUCUCAAUCUACAUAUACAUCUUUACUGGCGUCUUCAGACAAUCAGUAGACACGGCAUCCCUCAACUACCUAGCCUUCCUUGCCGGCAACAUCGUAUCCGUCUUGAUUAGCGGCACAAUCUCCGAUCGCAUCUACCGGGGUUUAAGGGCCCGCCUCGGCAGAGGCGUCGAUAAGGCAAUCUUCCGGCUGCCCAUGACCGUCCUCGGCGUCGUAGCCUUCGCCGCGGGCCUGAUCGUCAUAGGCUGGGCGGCGCAGCAGAGAACCUCAAUUCUCACGGCAGAUGUAGGUGGCGCUCUUUUCGCCAUGGGGUCUUUCACAGCCUACCAGUCCCUGCAAGCCCUUAUGAUCGACGCAUUCGGCGUCCAUGCCACGUCGAUAUUGUCGGCCGCCGCCAUGGUGCGCAGCCUUGCGAGCUUCUUAUUCCCCCUGGCUGCGCCUGCGCUAUUUGCCCGGCUGGGCUUUGGCUGGGGUCAUACACUCAUUGCGCUCGUUGCCCUCUUUUUCGGAGGCGCCACGGUCGUGUUGACAUGGUGCCUGGGAGAGCGUCUCACGAUUGAGCUUCCCACGGACUUAUAG